AUGGGUUUGACGGUGUCACCGCUAUUGAGAUUGUUUUAUGCAAGGAAAGAAAUGAGGAUUCUGAUGGGGGGUCUUGAUGCUGCUGGGAAACCAACAAUACUCUACAAAUUGAAACUUGGAGAAAUAACUGUUGAGUACAAAAAUGUCAGCUUCACCGUCUGGGAUGUGGGAGGACAGGACAAGAUUCGACCAUUGUGGAGACACUACUUUCAGAAUACACAAGGUCUUAUCUUUGUGGUAGACACAGCUUGGAAACCAUUGGUUGCUGCCAUGGAUGGCCUAGCCUUGGGUGGAGGCUUAGAAUUUGCAAUGCUUGAAAUAACUCUUGGAUUAGGAACUCUGCAACUUCCUCGUCUUGUUGGUUUGACAAAGGCUCCUGAGAUGAUGCUGUUUUUUGACCCAUCUUCGAUGCUUACUCGAUUUGAUUUUCUCCCUCCUAUUCGCUUAUUUUCCCCCAUCUAA